UGGACGCCAUGGGGCAAGAAGAAAGCCACAACGAGGAGAUAGAUCUGGCCCAGGUUCAGGAGCUGUGCAUCAUUUUUAUGAAGGAGUGUCCGAGCAGUGCGCAGCACUUACACAAGUUGCAGAUGAUCUUUGGGGUCCCAAGCAGCUCUGAGGAGGAGUCGCUCUACAUCGAGACCAUAUUCUACUCCUUCGACACCAAUAAAGAUAACGCUCUGGAUUUCCUCGAAUAUGUGGUUGCACCUCACUUGAUUUUGCGCGGGAAUCUUGAAGAUCGACUCAAGUGGUCCUUCAAGAUGUACGACAAGGACGGAAACGACAGGUUGGACCGAAAUGAGGUGCAGCGUAUCACAAGGAUUAUUUACAAAAUCAAGCUUCAGAAGACUGACAUCAGUUUGACCCCAAGCGAAAUCUGCGACCGAAUCUUUGAGCUGGUCGACCAGAAUCAUGACGGCCAGAUCACAUUAUUUGAGUUCAUGGAGGGAGCUCAGAAGGACGAGUGGGUCAUGAACAUGCUGAAGCUGGAUGUCAACGCUACCGGCUGGGUCAUCCAGAACUGCGGGAAGCUGCCCUGAUCUCUCGCCGAGUGGGUUCACCACCCACACGGUUUUGCUUCCAGGCUGACAGAGGUGCUGUCUUCUCACUGUAACUUUAAAAGGUUCACCUGUGUCUCCAUGUUGAGCCUCCUGUGGUUUGAAGCUGGAGGAUGCUGUUCACUUUUUUCUUGGCUGCAGUUGCUGCCAGGAUUUUGACAGCUGGUCUGAAUCCUUGCUGUGCUGGAAGCCCCGUGGUCUGUGGAAACCCCAUAUUUACAGAAAAUUGUAAAUGCAGUACAGUCUGUUGUUGUGUGUUUGGAUUCUUGUAUUU